AUGAUAUUCUCAAUUUUUCUGAUAAUUCUCCAAUUUUUCCCGAAAUUCUGUAAUUCUCAAGCAAUUACCGCUGGUGUUAUGUUUUUAAAAGCAGCUGACAAUGUGUUUGUAGAAAUUACGGAAAGAAAUGAGGCUCAUGAAAAUUAUUUGAAAAAUAAUACUCGGACCGGAAGUCAAAAUCAAAAUCUGGCUGGAAAUGGUACCGAAAACCUUUCUGAAAAUUCUACCGACACCAGCAGCUCUUCAAGUUUCGGCCAAUUCAUCGAACAAGGCACUGAAAAAAUUAUAGAUGUUUAUUUCUCAGGUUUUUGGGCAGGUUUGAACAAAUUUCGCAACGAAACACUUUCAACCUUUUCGAGUUUACCAUUUGUUGGUGGAAUUGUUGGCAAAACUGUGGAGAUUUUGAAGCCGAUUCGAGAUUUUGAGAGUGGCGUCGUUGAUGAGGCUGCGAGGUUUUUUAAAUCUGCUGUUAAUUUUAUUUUUUAG